AUGACUGCGCCCGUUCCCGUGGACGUCGACCUCGUGGGCGUCACUGACACCUCAUCUGUCCCUGUUCCCGAUCCGUUGACUGUCAAUGGCGUGCCGGCAUGGAGGAAGAAGCUAGCCCAUAUGCCCACCGGCGUGGCUGCGGCGUCUAGCAGUGACAUGUUUAAGACCCCGAUCUGCUAUACCAAGCCCAAGGCCAAGAGAUUCGAGCACCAUCUCUCACUUGAAGCCAAGUCUCGCACGUCGUCUACUCUGAAGGGUGCUGCACGGUACUUGAGCAACCCAGACCUUAUCUCCCUCGGUGGUGGACUACCCUCCUCCGAAUACUUCCCAAUUGAGUCCAUGGAUAUUAAGGUCCCCACUCCCCCGGGCUUCUCCCCGGAGGCUACUCGGGAGUCAGGGACGGUUCUUCAUGCUGGAAAGCAUGACAUAAGAGAAGGAGCCAGUCUCUAUGACCUGGAGAUUGCUCUUAACUACGGACAGGCUACUGGAGCUGCACCAUUGCUUCGCUUUGUCACUGAGCACACCGAGAUCAUCCACAGCCCUGCCUACUCCGAUUGGCACUGCACCCUGACCGCCGGCAGCACGUACGCCUGGGACAGCGCUCUCCGGAUUUUCUGUGAGCGUGGAGACUACAUCCUCAUGGAAGAGUACACAUUCGCCAGUGCCGUUGAGACUGCUACCCCCCUGGGCGUGAAGGUCGCAGGAAUCCCGAUGGAUGAACAAGGUCUCCUCCCCGAGGCAAUGGACGACAUCCUUAGCAACUGGGACUCCAACGCCCGGGAGGGCGCACGUAAGCCCCACGUUCUCUACACCAUCCCAACAGGCCAGAACCCGACCGGUGCCACCCAGUCAGCGGAACGCCGCCGCGCCGUAUACAAGGUCGCACAGAAGCACGAUCUUAUCAUUAUCGAGGACGAGCCUUACUACUUCUUGCAGAUGCAGCCGUACACCAGCGGGGACAGCACCCCCGUUCCUCCCCCAUCCAACCACGAGGAAUUUAUCAAGUCCCUUGUCCCCUCCUUCCUCAGCAUGGACGUCGAUGGCCGCGUCGUUCGUCUCGAGUCUUUCUCAAAGGUUAUCUCGCCCGGCACCCGUGUCGGCUGGAUCGUCGCCUCCGAGCAGAUUGUCGAGCGCUUCAUUCGCGCCUUCGAGGUUUCCUCGCAGAACCCUAGCGGUAUUUCUCAGCUCACCCUCUACAAGCUCCUCGACGAGCACUGGGGCCACUCCGGCUACCUAGAUUGGCUGAUCAACCUGCGCAUGUCAUACACUGCUCGUCGCGACUCGCUCGUUCACGCCUGUGAACAGCAUCUGCCCCGCGAAAUUGCCCACUGGGAAGCCCCCGCGGCUGGCAUGUUCCACUGGAUCGAGAUUGACUGGCGCAAGCACCCCGGUUAUGCCGCUGGCAAAACCCACGCCGCUAUUGAAGAGGAGAUCUUCUUGUCUGCCGUGGACGAGGGUGUCCUUCUCUCCCGCGGAAACUGGUUCAAGCCGGACCACAGUACGUCCCAAGAGAAGAUGUUCUUCCGGGCCACCUUUGCAGCGGCUACGGCAGAGAAGAUUGAUGUGGCUAUUUCCCGCUUCGGUCAGACUUUGCGUACCCAAUUCGGAUUGUGA